UUGUGGAUUUCAUCUCAUCCCUUGACGCCUGUUGUAUAUUUGGAGUGUAUUUCUCCCCGUGUCCUCGGGUUUUUCCCCUCCACAUUUAGGAUCAACUUUCGCUUAAAGAGCAUUUGGCUUCCAGAAAUGUCCACGUGAUGAGCUAUCAUUUGUGGACAGGCCACUUUUGAAAAGAGAGCUAUAUAGCCUUACAUGGUAAAAUAAAACAAUAGUUUGUAAAUUAUACCAUCAUAAUCACUUCCGAGUUCAACUCGUGAAAGGAGUAAACACGACGUCAAAAUAUUGUCAACCUGGCGUGCAUUUUGCUCAGGGACGCUUUCCAUUAUAACGGUGGAGUCGAAACUUGGAUGACGUCACGGGAUGGUGAUGACGCUUCCCCUUAGUAAGAUGGCCGCUCGUCACGAUGUCUUAAGACGACCACAGCGGAUCUCCCUGUGCAUCAUGGCGGUCGCCACGGUCGCUGGUUGAGCGCGGCACCCGCGAAGGCUUGCGGAGGCGGCUUUUAAUCGGCAGCAGCAUCGCCGAGCCGAGCCCCAGCGACAAAGAGCCAUGUCGCUGCGACUCGCCGACAAGAUCAAGGAUAGCCGCCUCUCGGCCGAUGUGGAGCCUUUCGUGCCAGCGGGGCUAGUGGUGUCGCCACCACGGCUGGGAGAUGCGCACGGUGGCGCGGAGGCCGUCAGUCUCGCUGCCGGGGUGGAAAGGCCGCAGCGCAGAAUGCUGCCCAGCUACCAGCCCGACUACUACCGCUACGUGCAGCACCACCCUUCUUCACCUGCCGAUGGGUUGUGCGUGACGUACGAUGCCGGCUAUGACUGGCACCCGCCGCAGCAACCGUACUCGGACUACGGCCGAUAUGGCUACACCACAUACGCCGUGCGCUACGAUCACAAGGACCCCAGCAAGGGCGUCUACGCGGCUGCGCCGACCGCUGGGCCAGAGACGAACGCCCUGGGCUGCGGGAGCAGUGCCGUCCGAGCACCAGCGGCAUUGGCCUGUCAGGCGCCGAGCAUCCUGACACCCGACAAGACCGCCUUGAGGACGCCGAAGGCCGAGAGGUCACGGGGAAGAAAAUCUGGCAGUCAGGGGUCGAAGGCAGAGGGCAAGGAGAGGUCUGCGGAGGGACAAGGCAUUCCUGAUCAGAAUGGGACGAUGCCAGCCUCUCUGCCCGAGGGCUCCAGAUCGACUACCGAACCCCAGGAGCCACACAAGAUGUCUGGAAUCAACCCCGACGUUGCACAAAAUCCCAGCUCCACCCCCACAGACUCUCAUGGCCAAUCGGUCACCGUCCUCACCCCCCCACAAGCACCGCCCAAUCGGAGAUCACCCCGCGACGCAACCACCACCAACGCAGCCACCGCCAAUGCCACCACUUCUCCAGAGGCCCCUGGCAGUCGGGCACCACCGACUUUGUGGAAUCGCUCGGAGGGGCAGGGGGAGGUGGCGGCGCGUGGCAGUGGUGGUCCUGUAGCGGCCCGUGGUGGGAAAAGCGGCCGUGGCGGCGGCGGCGGAGGCGGUACAGGAGUUACGUGGAUGCAGCAAGGGCGGACGUCGCUGGGGAGCGAGCGGGAGUGUUGGCGUGCCCCGGCUCGCGUGCUGUCCAAGGCCGGUGAAUCCCCGGACUCCGGUAUCGGCUCCACUCCCAAUGGAACGCCCUCUUCCACCUCCUCGCCCUCGUCGCACCCGUCAGAACGGCGGCCCCGGAACGCCGACGAGAGGAGGAGCAGAGGCGCGCUCCCCGGAAGGGGAGACCCACGGAGGAGCGACGCCCGAGCUGAAGCUGGAGCUCACAGUUCCACCCGAGGUCCUCCGGCUCUUAGGGUGGAGCCAGAGCCCAGGGACGGAGUUCCACGUGAGAGAGACGUGCAAGACGGGGCUGAUAGAGGAAGCAAAAGUUCCCGUGGAGGGGCCGGCAGAAGUCCAUGUGACGGAGCUGACAGGGGGUUCCAUGGCAGAGCUUAUAGAGGUUCUAAUGGCGGAGCUGGCAGAGGGCCUCACAGCGGAGUUAAUAAAGGAUCAUCAGAUGGCGCAAGCAAAGUGCUCCCUGAUGGAGCUAGUAAGGGAUCCGGUGACAGAGCUGCUAAAUGGCCCCAAAGUGAUGAUAAAGCACUCACUGAUGAGGUGAGUAAAGGGCUGCCUGUUGCAGGCUUAAGAGAGUCUCAUGGUGGAGCUGCUGGGUGGCCUGGUGCCAGGACACCAACUCGAGACAUUGCUGUCGCACGCUCCUCCGAGACCAGCAAUGAAGGCAGUGCCCUCGCGGCGCCCGACCGCAUCUCGUGGCCUGAACUCGGAGCUGCGCGAGGAGACCGGUCGUGGUCCCUGGGCAAGGACGGUGGCGCCGCAGUGAAUGGACCUCGCCCUCAGCACGGAGCUCUGCCUGGGGACCGGACGCUGCCCACCCCUCCCACCCCGACCGUGAUGACGUGGGCGAAGGUGGCAUCGCGGCCACCCCCGCUUCCAGCGCCCCGUGGGCCCCCUGUUUCACAGGCGGCAUGGACGUCGACAUCCACCAGCGGUCGUGGGCAGCAGGCCGAGAGCUCGGAUGAAGAUGAUGGUGGUGGCAGCAGCAAAAAGAAGACGCAGAGGAAGAAGAAAAAAAGCAAGAAGAAGGCACCCAAGACCACCGUGGCCGAGACCCCGCAUGUCGAGCCGCUCAGAUUUCAGGACGAUGAGGAGUUCCCUGGGCUCUCGGCCUCGUUGGGACCUCGUCGCCUCCCGAUGGCCCGACCAGGGUUCUCGGGAGCGGGUACCGCUCCGCAGCCUCAAACCUCUGUCCCUAAGAAGGGCUCGGGCAAGAAGAGCAAGGCCCCAGUCACGCUGGAUCUGGGGGACGUCCUGGCUACCUUCGAGCGGCAGCAGCACGAGCAGCAGGAGAUCGCCGAGGCGAACGCCGCCGCCGCCGCCGCUCCCGCCACCGCUAGCUCCGUGCUGCCGACCUCGCAUGGUUCCACGCACCUCGCCACGUCCAGGCCCGCCAAGCCCAUCAUCUCUGUUGGUACGGCCUCGGCCCUGCUGGGCUCUUCCAAGAAGAGCGAGCGGGGGGGUCCGGUGCCGCACAACCCCCUGGACUCGAGCGCACCGGCCGUGAAGCGCGGCAAGGAGCGCGAGACACCGCGCGCCAAGAAACCGACAACGCUGAAGAAGGUGAUCCUGAAGGAGCGCGAGGAGAGGAAGAGGCGGCGUUUGUGCGAGGAGCGAGGCCUUGUGUACGUGCCCGGCGGUGACUUGCCGGCUAGCGAUGCCGACGCGCGCAAGGAUGAGGGUGGCGAGGGUAAGGACGAGGGCAAGGACGAGGGCAAGGACGAGGGCAAGGACGAGGGCAAGGGCGAGGGCAAGGACGAGGGCAAGGACGAGGGCAAGGACGAGGGCAAGGACGAGGGCAAGGACGAGGGCGAGGGCAAGGACGAGGACGAGGACAAGGACGAGUGCAAGGACGAUGGCAAGGCGGAAGAAGCCACGGAGCCAGUGGACGCCGACAACGACGACGAGACGGAAGCCGAAACGGAAUCGGAGCUGGAGACGGAGCAGGAGACAGAGGCGGAGUCGGAUGCAGAGCGACCGAUGGGGGGCUCCCCCCCGGACGUGGAGCCUCCGGACACCCCCCAAGACAUCUCCGCCGAUCCCAACGGGAAUCAAGCCACGGACGUGGAUGAGGAUGGGCGCGAGUCCCCGUCUCCCGUCGUGAGAGCAGAGCUCCCGCCGCCAGGCCCCAAGAUUCACAGCCGCCGCUUCCGCGACUACUGCAACCAGGUGCUGAGCCGUGAGAUCGACCGGUGCGCCAGCACGAUGCUGCUGGAGCUCGUGCGCUUCCAGGAGCGCCUGUUCGAGCGCGACCCCGACCGCGCGCGCCGCAAGCGCCGCCUGGUCAUGGGCCUCCGGGAGGUCACCAAGAACCUGCGCCUGCACAAGCUGCGUGCGCUCAUCAUCUCGCCCAACUGCGAGAAGAUCCAGGCCAAAGGCGGGCUGGACGAGGCCCUGCAGACGGUGAUUGCGCUCGCCAGCGAGCAGAGCGUCCCCUUUGUGUUCGCGCUCAACCGCAAGGCACUGGGCCACUGCCUCAACAAGAAGGUCCCCGUGAGCGUGGUGGGGGUGUUCCACUACGGCGGCGCCGAGACGCACUUUCAGCGGCUGGUGGCGUUGACGGAGGAGGCUCGCUCUGCCUAUCGCAACAUGGUCAGCUCACUGCAGCGGCAGGAGGCGGCUGCCACCAGCGAGCCGACGGGGCACACCGAGGACCCCCUCGAGGCGUCCGCGUCGCCUCCCUCGGUGCCUGCGCAUGAUCCCACCGCCCUGCUGCACCUGCUGAGGCCGCAGCAGGGCCCCAGGGAGGACGAUCCAGCCGAGGCGUCCGGGCGGUCGCCCGGAAGGAACGCACGUGGCGCUGCGGAUACGGAACGACGACGGCUGCCCGCCGCUAGUGGUGGUGGUGGUUGUGGUGGUGGUGGUGACGAUCGUGAUGACGGCGACGAUCGCGGUGGCGUUGGUGGAAAACGGCCAGAUACGAAUCUUUGCCAGCAUGGCGUCACCGCAGUGUGGAGUGGGGCAGGCCGUGGUGGAGUUGGAUAGGGUUAAAGUAGGGACAUGUAUAGGGCCAGUGUUGUGUAGGGUUAAGGUCGGGUAGCAUGGGUUUAAUAAGGUAGAAUAGGGUAGGGUGAGGUUGGAGCAAGAGAAGUUAGGGUAGGGUUAGAGUAAGGCCUGGUAGGGGCAGUUUUAGGGUAAGCUAUGUGAACCUGCAAAGGUAGUCUAAGAUGCUAGAGCAAUGUAAAGUAAUAUUACAGAAAGUCUUACCGAGUGUCAGGAGAUUCCUACAUUGGGAUGCUUUGGCCAGUUCAAUUUUUUUGUUCUUUUUAUUUCCUUAUGAUCAGAAAUCUGGGGGGGGGGAUUUUAAGAAAGGAAAAAAAAACAUCCAUGCAUAUGAAAAAUAACC